ACAGACAAAGAUUGCCAUUUUAUGAAAAGGUGCAUUUGAUAAUAGUUGUCAGUGUAAGAAUUAAAUUAUACAGACAGAAGCACAUGCCCUCAUUAUUCUUUUCUUCUUAUUUCCUACAUUUGGUUCCAUUUUUCGAGGCUUCUUUGUCUUUAUUCUGAGUUGCUUAUUCUUUGAGUCUUUUUAGUCUGUUUUCCAAUGGAUUAUUGAGGCUGCCCAUGCCAGCUGCCAGGCUAUGGUGUGCUUAAAGAAUGUGUGCCGAUGUGGUAGCUUUCUGGUAAUUCAAGUUCCAGUCUCCUUGUUUUGAAAAUUUAACGGGUGAAUCAAUAGUAGAUGCUUAAAAACAAGACGCUGAGAUUGGAGAGAUGGCUUCUUCAAUUCCUGCUCUUGGAAUCUCAGUCUCGUUUGGUAGAUUUGAGAAUGAUUCACUUUCUUGGGAGAAAUGGUCAUCUUUCUUGCCAAAUAAGUACUUGGAGGAGGUUGAGAAGUGUGCGACUACCGGAUCAGUAGCUAAGAAAAAGGCUUACUUUGAAGAACAUUACAAGAAGAUUGCUGCAAGAAAAGCUGAGCUACAGGCUCAGCAUAAGCCAAUGGAAAGUAAAUCUUUGAACUCAGAUGAUCAAAAUUGUGGAGAUCUGGUUGGUAAAUCUAAUGGUCGGUGCUCAGAUGAAGGAGAAAAGCAAGAAACUAAGUUGGUAAUUGAGGUUGCUGAUGAGCAGAAUGAGGAGCCUGAAAUUGCAACGGAAUGUCAAAACUCAUCGGUUGAGAGAGUGAAAGAGAAAAUAGAUAGUGCAGUGGGAAGUCCAAUGUUAAACAAACCAGAAGACACUGUUCCAGAUGAAGCGGCUUUGGUAAAACAAGAAGUGGAAACUCUUUCCAAGGGGUCUCAAGAUGUGAAGGAGUUACCACAGAAAUCAGAAAUGGGCAUAGAAAAAACUACAAAAAUCAAAGAUAAAAAUAUAAAGUUGGGUCAUUCGAAAAAAUCUCAUAAGAUUUCAUCAGUGGAUAAGGAAAGGAAUGGUACAAGGAUAAAGAAGAAACCCGCCUCCCCUGUGACUAAAACACCACAUUUUUCUACAUCUAGAGCAUCAAAGCCAUCGUCAACUCCUACUACAUCAUCUGCAUCAAGAACUCCAUCAAAAACGGGAAAUACUUUAUCUUAUUUUUUACCAAAGAGCAAGAAUCCUUCUGUGGGAAAAAGCAAGAAAUUGGCUCCUAGAUCCUUGCACAUGUCCUUUAGUUUUCGUCCCUCAGGUUCUGACCCAGCUUCCCUUGCUGCUGCUGCAACAAGAAAAUCUUUAAUUAUGGAGAAAAUGGGGGAUAAGGACAUUUUCAAACGAGCAUUUAAGACAUUUCAGAGUAAUUAUAACCAAUUCAAACCUUCCAGUCAGGAACAAUCUCCAGCAACAAAACAGGUGCCUGCAAAGGGGAGAGAACCAAGGUUUUCCACUUUGAUUGCUCCACAAAAGGAGAAUGGAGGGUCUUCUAGAGUUAGUAGUAUGGAGAAAAAGAAUGCAAGAAUGCAAAGGCUGCUCCAUCUUAUUUUGGCUUGAAAGGCGAUGAAAGAACAGAGAGAAGAAAGGAGGUAUGCAAUGAAGAUUCCUUGCUCUUGCCUUUUGUAUCAGGUGCACAAUUUCUUUUGACAUUGAUGUACAUUGUUUGUCUUUAGUUAGAAUCUCAGCAUCUCAUAUCCUUUAUUUCAGUUCUCCAAGAAAUUGGAAGAAAAAUCCAAUGUUAGAGAACCUGAGAGAAAAUAUCUCCAGACAAAAUCAGAGGUACCAUUAAUUUUCUUUGGUGAAGACAGGUCUUCCUAUUCUUGCCAUCAACUUGAUACAGCUCCACAUGCUCAUAAAGUCUAAUAAUGGAUCAAACAUAACAUAAGAUGGGUAAAUCUGACAGGCAUUUUGGUUUUCAGAUUCUAAGAGAGAAAAUUCAUCACUCUCAGAAUAAACAUACUAGCAUAUGAUUACCUAAUUUAGACAAUGGGCAUUGCUCAACACUAUAUGAUUGAUACAGGAUAACAGAGAUGCAGAGAUCAAAAAAUUAAGGCAGAGCCUUAAUUUUAAAGCUACCCCCUACCUUGUUUUUGUCACGGACAGAGAACAUCAAAAGGUCCUCUUGAUAAGGUAUUUUUCUUGUUUUCAAUUUCACAUGGUUUGCCUGUGAUCCAACAUGAAACUUUUAAAGCCAAUCAUCUUAAAGCAUACUUUUCCAUCACCUGCUGAGGCAUAUGUAUAAAACUUCCAUGCAUUUUCCUUUCACUUUGGUCAAAAAUUAGUUUGUCAAUGCCUACAUUUUUGCAAUUUUAUAUUUUGAUCAUGCCUGUACUUUUGUUAUUUUAAUUACAGUGCUUAAUGUGGAAAUCUUUUUUCUUAACCUCAUCAUGACAAUUUUAUAUCUUUGUAAGUUAUACAGAAGCUUUCUAAAAGAGGUAUCAUAAUCAUGUUACAUUAUAUAUCCUACGGUAAUUUAAUCCAUCGAAGCUUAGUUCAGAAUUUUUUUCCCAUGAUAAACCAGCUUUUUUAAGCCUUUUCAUAUCUUUAAUUUCACAGAUAGGUACCAAGAGUGACAUCCAUUGGUAACCUGGCUUCCUUGGGUCAAUGAACCACGCAUCAUGUACAAGUACCUAGGAAAAAGCAAGAAUGUUUAAUAUGAAAAACAGUUGGAAAAGAGACGCAAGAAAUACAUCAGCUUUGAAGGCAAACUAAAUCGCUGGGCAAGGGAAGGUAUAUUUGAAGGCAUGUUUUGAUUCAGGACCCAUGCUAUGAUAUUGUUGGCUUAUUUGGUAACCCAUCUAGAAUCUGUCAUUGAUGAGUCACAUGCUGUGGAUUUAAAUGCCUCAAUCUUGUCGUCAAGGUGGGGUGUUCCUAUAAUGGUGCAGGAGAAAUAGAAGAGGUUGGGGCUUUUCCACUUUUGAUUGAACUGUUAGUUCCCUUACUUUUCCCCACCAUACAGCGGAAGAAAACUAUAUUGUAGCUAUUCACAUGCACAAUGAACAUUCUGAUGGUAGUAUGUAAAAAAAAAAAAACAGUGAUUGAAGUUGUGUUUAUUGAAUUCGUAUCUGUGAUUGGAAUUUAAUUUUUAAUUAUUAAAUGUGGAAGGAAAGAACCACUG